AAGAAAUUGUCAGUAUUUUCGCUUCUCCGUCUAAUAUCCACACUGGAAUGAAUCUGAUCAUACUUCUCAUCUGUCUAAAUCAUGUGAAUUCUGGGAUUAUCAAAAUUCAGUUGUAUCCAGUGUCUAGAAUCACUUCGAUGUUAAAUCCGUAUCGGAAAUUAUUCACGGUAUCAAGGCGAAGGUGGAUGAAUUCAUGGAAUGGUGAAGAUGCACCAACAUCAGAACACCUGUAUAAUUAUAACAAUAUUGAAUACUAUGGAGAAGUGCUUGUGGGCACGCCACCACAAAAAUUUCGUGUACUGUUUGACACAGGAUCAACUGAUACCUGGCUCGCGUCAAGAAAAUGUUGGUUACUUGAUAUUCCAUGUUGGUUCAUUCGAUUUUACGACAGUUCGAAAUCAUCUACCUACCAGCCAAACGGUACCAGGUUCAAUGUUGAUUAUCUUACUGGAAUUUAUUCUGGGUUUUGGAGCAUGGAUACAAUGCAGGUAUUGUGUUCUUAUGAUUUGAAAUGACAGUGACUUCAGAUAAACUCCUUAGUUAUUCACAACCAGGCAUUUGCCGAAAUAACGAAUGUGUUUUCCGAUGAUUUCCUUGAUAGUAAAUAUGAUGGAGUAAUUGGUAUGUCAAAUGCAGUCGUGUCAAGAUACGGCAAUAUCCCCUUCUUCCCAAAUAUGAUCACUCAAGCAGUGGAAAUGGACCCAGUGUUUUCGUUCUAUUUGAAUCGAAAAAAUGGUGUCGUUGGUGGAGAGAUGGUUCUGGGCGGUGUUGAUCCUGAAUAUUUUACCGGAGAUUUCGAACGCUUGCCUGUCGUUUCUGAUAAUAGUUGGGCCAUUGAUAUCAAAAGUUUGAAGAUUAACGGAGUAGAAUAUUGCCGUGGAACAUGUACUGGUGUUAUAAGUACUGCAGCAUCUUUGAUACUGGGUUCAGUUAACAUGGUGGAUGAGAUCAACUCUCAACUUGGCGCCAGAUUGGGUGGUGAUGGGGAGUAUGUAUUGAACUGCAAUGAUAUUGACAUACUCCCUGCUAUUGAGUUUGUCUUCAAGGAGCGCAGCUAUAUACUUGAUGCAAAGGAUUAUGUGCUUAAGCAGGUCAACUGGCUAUCUACAGACUGUACAUCACCUUUUGAUGGGAAUAACGGAAUAGCCCCUGGAUAUUGGAUUCUUGGCGAUGUGUUCAUGAGGAAGUUUUACACUGUAUUCAACUUCGGUGAGCAGGAGAUAUGGUUGGCUGAUGUUAAUAAUGAUUAAACCUCAUUGUACCAAAAGCUGAGAAUCAUUAAGAAUAAACAGUUCUUACGAUAC